AUGUCUGCCUCCCCCUCCCCCGCUUCCUCCUUCUCGGAGCGUGCGGAGUCGUUCGUCGACGCCGUGCUGGGCACGGCCGACGACGGCUCCGCCGCUGCCGCUGCUCCUGCCCGCGCCCCCGCGACCGCGCCCACCGCCGCCGCCUCUGCCUCUGCUGCGCUAGCCGCCCUCACGUCGCCCUUCCGGGUAACGACGCCGUCCCCGCCGCCGGCCGUGACGCCCGGCCCCUCCGCCCCCGCCUCCGCCACUGCCACCCCCGGCCUCGUCCCUAAGGACACUGCCUCCGUCGCCUUGUCGGCGGUCCCUAUGGCCGUGCCCGCCGCCGCCCCCGCCGCUGCUGCUGGCCGGGCCCCUCCCGCCCCCGGAGCCCCCGGAGCCGCCGCUGCCGCCGACUGGCUCGCGGGCCUAGAGGGCCGCCUAAGCGCCCUAGAGAGCGCCGCCGCCACCAAUAAGGUAGAGGAGGACGACGAGGAUAAGGAUAAGGACGACGAUAAGGACGAGGAGUAG